AUGUCAACAGAUGGAGAAUUCACGAGGACUCAGAUAUUUGGGACUGUCUUCGAAAUCACCAAUAGGUACACAGACUUAAAUCCUGUUGGUAUGGGAGCAUUUGGACUUGUGUGUUCAGCAAUCGAUAAAUUGACAGGUCAGAAUGUUGCUGUCAAAAAGAUUAUGAAGCCUUUUCUGACUUCAGUAUUGGCUAAACGUACUUAUAGAGAGUUGAAGUUGUUGAAGCACUUGAGACACGAAAACUUGAUUACAUUAGAUGACAUUUUCUUGUCCCCCUUAGAAGACAUAUAUUUUGUGACAGAGUUACAAGGAACAGACUUACAUAGACUUUUAACCUCAAGACCACUUGAAAAACAAUUUGUACAAUAUUUCACUUACCAAAUUUUGAGGGGGCUAAAAUAUGUUCAUUCAGCUGGCGUUAUCCACCGCGACUUAAAGCCUUCUAAUAUAUUGAUCAACGAGAAUUGUGAUUUGAAGAUUUGCGAUUUUGGUUUAGCAAGGAUACAAGACCCCCAAAUGACUGGAUAUGUUUCCACAAGAUACUACAGGGCACCGGAAAUCAUGUUGACGUGGCAGAAAUACGACACAGAGGUAGACAUAUGGUCUGUGGGCUGUAUUUUAGCCGAAAUGAUUGAGGGAAAACCUUUGUUCCCUGGUAAGGAUCAUGUACAUCAAUUUUCAAUAAUAACCGAGCUUUUAGGCUCUCCUCCUCCUGACGUGAUUGAAACUAUUUGUUCAAUCCUUACCCCAUAG